GAAGUCUUGGGAGCCAGGGACAGAGCGAGAUCAAGGGUCAGUGCAGAGCCAGAGGAGAUGGUGAAGCAGACGAUCCAGAUUUUCGCGAGGGUAAAGCCCCCCGCCCGGAAGCACCAACCAGGGAUUUAUUCCAUAGACGAAGAUGAAAAAUUAACAUCUAGCUUGGAGAUUAUCUUACCGCGUGAUUUGGCAGAUGGAUUUGUGAAUAAUAAACGAGAAAUCUACAAAUUUAAGUUCCAAAGGAUUUUUGAUCAGGAUGCAAAGCAAGAUAUCAUUUUUGAAGUCAUUGCCAAACCCGUUGCUGAGAGGUAUGGUGGCACACAGUUGUACACCCAGAACUCAAGAGGCUGUGGCAGGAGGACCCCAAGUUCAAGGCCAGUCUGGGCUACAGCAUAAGUUCCAGACCUGCUGCGGUUACAUAGUAAGACCCUAUCCCUAAAUAAACUAAUUAAUUAAUUUUUAAAAAGUAUAAGCUUGACUUUAUAGAGUAAAAUCAAUAUCUGAUU